CGGGCACCGACGGAGCGGCACUGCGGGCCUGCGCGCCCGGGAGCUCCCGCAGACAGGCCGAGAUGCGGCUGCUGCUGCUCGUGCCCCUGCUGCUGGCCCCGGCGCCCGGGUCCUUGGCUCCCCAGGUGAGGUGGCGGAGUGACACCUGGGGCCCCUGGGGCAGCUGGAGCCCCUGCAGCCGGACCUGCGGAGGGGGCGUCAGCUUCCAGGAGCGCCCCUGCUACUCCCAGAGGAGAGAUGGGGGCUCCAGCUGUGUGGGCCCGGCCCGCAGCCACCGCACUUGCCGCACGGAGAGCUGCCCCGAGGGCGCCCGGGACUUCAGGGCUGAGCAGUGCGCCGAGUUCGACGGCCGCGAGUUCCAGGGCAGGCGGUACAGGUGGCUGCCCUACCACCGGGCCCCAAACAAGUGUGAACUGAACUGCAUUCCUGAGGGGGAGAACUUCUACUACAAGCACAGGGAGGCCGUGGUAGACGGGACGCCCUGUGAGCCUGGCAAACGGGACAUCUGUGUGGAUGGCAGCUGCCGGGUUGUCGGCUGUGACCACAACCUAGACUCGUCAAAGCAGGAGGACAAGUGUCUGCAGUGUGGGGGUGACGGCACGACCUGCUACCCCAUCACAGGCACCUUUGAUGCCAAUGACCUCAGCAGAGGCUACAACCAGAUCCUCAUAGUUCCCGUGGGGGCCACUAGCAUCCGCAUCGAGGAGGCGGCCGCCAGCAGGAAUUUCCUGGCGGUGAGGAACGUCCGCGGGCAGUACUACCUCAACGGGCACUGGACCGUCGAGGGCGCUCGGGCCCUGCCGGUGGCCAGCACCCUCCUGCACUACGAGCGCGGCGCCGAAGGGGACCUGGCGCCGGAGCGGCUGCACGCACGCGGCCCCACCUCGGAGCCCCUGGUCAUCGAGCUCAUCAGCCAGGAGCCCAGCCCUGGCGUGCGCUACGAGUAUCACCUGCCUCUGGGCGCCCCGCGGCCCGGCUUCAGCUGGAGUCACGGCUCCUGGAACGACUGCAGCGCCGACUGUGGCGCAGGUCACCAGUCCCGCCUGGUGUUCUGCACCAUUGACAAUGAGGCCUACCCUGACCACAUGUGCCAGCACCAGCCGCGGCCAGCCGACCACCGUCCCUGCAACCCUCAGCCCUGCCUGCAGACCAAGCGCUGGAAGACAGGGCCCUGGGCGCCCUGCUCAGCCUCCUGCGGAGGCGGCUCCCAGUCCCGUUCUGUCUACUGCGUCUCGUCCAAUGGGGCUGGCAUCCAGGAGGCUGCCAAGGAGGCUGAGUGUGCAGGCCUGCCUGGGAAGCCCCCUACCACACAGGCUUGCAACCUGCAGCGCUGUGCAGCCUGGAGCAUGGAGCCCUGGGGAGAGUGCUCUGUCAGCUGCGGUGCUGGGGUCCGGAGGCGGAGCGUCACUUGCCGAGGUGACGAAGGGUCUCUGCUCCAUGCCACAGUGUGCUCCUUGGAGGACCGGCCCCCACUCACUGAGCCCUGUGUGCAUGACGACUGUGCCCCCCUUGAUGACCAGGCCUGGCGAAUAGGCGCCUGGGGUCUCUGCUCCAAGAGCUGCAGCUCCGGCAUGCGCAGGCGCCAGGUCGUCUGUGCCAUUGGGCCGCCUGGCCGCUGCAGAAGCCUGCAGCUGUCCCAGCCUGCGGAUGUGGAGCCCUGUAACACGCAGCCCUGCCAUCUUCCUCCGGAAGUCCCCAGCAUGCAGGACAUGCACAACAGCCCCCGGGACCCCUGGAUGUCUUUGGGCCCUUGGGAGGCCCCCACCUCAGAAUCUAGAAACCAGUGGUGGGCACCCCAGGAGAGACCCUCAGCCCAGGGUAAUCCCAGAAGAGAUCCAGACCCCUACCUGCCAGGUCUGGGCUCAGCACCCUCUCUGCAGCAGUCCUUACACCAGCAGCCCCUGUGGUCUGGCUCAGGCCCCCGAGACUGCAGACACAGCCCCUAUGGGUGCUGCCCUGAUGGCCACACCACAUCUCUUGGGCCAGAGUGGCAAGGCUGCCCUGGGGCCUCUUGUCAGCAGAGCAGGUACGGGUGCUGCCCUGAUGGGGUGUCUGUGGCUGAGGGGCCCCAUCAGGCUGGCUGCACAAGGUCUUAUGGCAGUAACAGCACCAAGAACAGGCUGGGGUCGAGAGCAGUGACUUCCACAGCUCCCAGGGCCCACCAGCCCCAGGCCCAGCAGAAUGAGCCCAGUGAGUGCCGGGGCUCCCAGUUUGGCUGUUGCUAUGACAACGUGGCCUCGGCAGCUGGCCCCCUUGGGGAAGGCUGUGUGGGUCAGCCCAGCUAUGCAUACCCCGUGCAGUGCCUGCUGCCCAGUGCCCAUGGCUCCUGCACAGACUGGGCCGCCCGCUGGUACUUCAUCGCCUCCGUGGGCCAGUGUAACCGCUUCUGGUAUGGUGGCUGCCACGGCAAUGCCAAUAACUUUGCCUCGGAGGAGGAGUGCAUGAGCAGCUGCCGGACGCCGCAACUUGGGCCUCGCCGACUCGAGCCUGGGGCCUCUGGCCAGAGCACCCACAGAGAUGGUGGCGGCAGCAGUCCUGGACGCCGGCAGGAGGCUAGCCAGCAAAGGACGGGGGCCACAGUCCAGAGAAAGCCCUUGCCUUCUGGUGGCCUCUGGUGGCGAGACCAAGAGCCUGGUCGGGGGGAGGCCCACCACACCCAGGCCUUUGGAGAACGGCCCUGGGGCCAGGAGCUUGGGCUCAGUGCCCCUGGACUGGGUGGAGAUGCUGGGCGGCCAGUGCAACCCCCCCACAGCUCCUCCUACAGGAUCAGCUUGGCAGGCUCAGAGCCCUCCUUGGUGCAGGCAGCCCUGGGGCAGUUGGUACGGCUCUUCUGCCCAGAUGACACCUCCCUGGACCCCCAGGCCCAGUGGCAGAAAGACGGGGGACCCAUCUCUUCUGACAGGCACAAGCUGCAGCCUGAUGGCUCCCUGGUCAUCAGCCCUCUGCGGGCAGAGGAUGCUGGCACCUACAGCUGUGGCAGCAGUAGGCCAGGUGGUGACUCUCAGAAGAUCCAGCUUCAAAUCACAGGGGGUGACAUGGCCGUGCUGUCUGAGGCUGAGCCGAGGCACUUCCCUCAGACCAGGGACCCAGCCCAGGGCCACAGUCCUCAGGACUCUGGCCUAGGGAGGGAAGCUGGGGGCCUGGGGGCUGUUUCCUCCUCACAUCCACGGUCCAUGACCAGGCUGCGUCUGGACCGGAACCAGCCUGGGGUGGUGGACGCCCAUCCAGGCCAGCGGAUCCGGUUGACCUGCCGUGCUGAGGGCUUCCCCCCACCAGCCAUCGAGUGGCAGAGAGAUGGGCAGCCCCUCUCUUCUCCCAGACACCAGCUGCAGCCCGAUGGCUCUCUGGUCAUCAGCCACGUGGCUGUGGAAGAUGGUGGCUUCUAUGCCUGUGUUGCUUUCAAUGGGCAGGACCGAGACCAGCGAUGGGUCAAGCUCAGAGUUCUGGGGGAGCUGACAAUCACCGGGCUGCCCUCUACUGUGACAGUGACAGAGGGUGACACAGCCAGGCUGCUGUGUGUGGUGGCAGGAGAAAGUGUGAACAUCAGAUGGUCCAGGAACGGGCUGCCAGUACGGGCUGAUGGCCACCGUGUCCACCAGUCCCCCGAUGGCACACUGCUGAUCCACAACCUGCGGGCCAGGGAUGAGGGCUCCUACACGUGCAGCGCCUACCGUGGAAGCCAGGCAGUCAGCCGCAGCACUGAGGUGAAGGUGGUCCUGCCAGCACUGGCCGCCCAGACGAGGGACCCCAGCAAGGAGUGCAUCGACCAGCCGGAGCUGGCCAACUGUGAUUUGAUCCUGCAGGCCCAGCUCUGUGGCAAUGAGUAUUACUCCAGCUUCUGCUGUGCCAGCUGUUCCCGAUUCCAGCCUCAUGCUCAGCCCAUCUGGCAGCAAGGAUGAAGGCUAGCUCCAGCCCCAAUUCUGAAACAACUCGUAGGGCUGGGAAGAAGAGAAGACAGACUCUUGGUCUCCCCUCUCUGGCUGGCAAAGGGAGUUAUCUUCUGGAGACAAUAGCCGUUUCCCUCCCACCCCCCACCCACACCCCAAAUCCCACCAUGUUUAG